GGGAGCACCCGGUUACGUCUCAUAGAAAACACACAAACUCGCGUACCAUUCGUUUGACGCGUUCGAACUAACAAUUGGCAAUUCGGAAAUCUAAAAUAAUUCGAUAUUCGUUUAACGACUUAUUUUUAGUGCCAGAUAUCAAAUGUCGCGUACAGUAUUAAGAUUCUUGGGAUGCAGUUGUUGUGUUUAUGAAUGAUGGCUCAUGUGUUUCGCCGGUGAGCCAUGGAUGAAUUGUGCGUGCAUUGGAUGUUUGAAACGCAGCCAUGAGUACCGAAGACAGAGCGAACAUAUUCACUGACGACGAUGAAGACUUGCGUCCACGACAGCAGAGUUUGGGAGGAGUGUUACGCCGCGAAGGUAAUUGGAAGUGCUUCAUGCUGACCCUCAUGAUCGCGGGGUGCCUAGGCUCCGUCGCUUGGUGCAAUACAGCUGAGAUCGAUCGAGACCUCAUCGAUUUCAGCAAUUUUCUCUCCAUCAGGCACCCCAUCAAGCGAACGGUACGCGAGUCACCCUGCGACGUUGGAUACGCAUACAUUCCUAUUGCGUUCGUAUUAUUAUUAUAUUUGGUCUAUUUGGUCGAGUGCUAUCACAGCACUGCCAGGAUCCAGCUGACGAAGAGAGUUGACGUGGCUGCAGUAUCUGCAAGGGUUCAUGCAAUGAGGAAUGCCACUCCAAGGGUUUGGUGGAAAGCGAUAUGCUAUCACUACGUUCGUCGAAAACGCCAAGUCACCCGAUACCGCAACGGAGAUGCCUACACAACAACUCAGGUGUACUACGAGAGAGUGAACACGCACAGCGCCAGUACAUCAUUUGCGCACGCCUGUUGUGGACAACGUGACGCCUCCAGGAAUCUCGUGCUGGACACCAAGACGCCCAUCACCAAAGUCCGGUUCAGCAAGGGUUUCGCUUUCGCCAACAUCGAAGCUGCCAGUGAAUUCGAGGACCAGCGUUCGAGAUUUUUCGCGGAACAUGAAAGAUUCGAUGAUUUCAUGGAGAUGAGGGAGGGAUUAGACUUAAUUGGAGUGAGUUCGUUCAAGGAAUACAUGGUAGCUUACAGAGACGCCGACCACUGUCCAUGGUAUUCAUCACAGAUUCUCUUCUGGACACUGUCUUGUCUUCUGUUGUCGUGGCCUCUGAGAAUUCUAAUAGAAUGUAACACUGCCUAUGUCCAUUACACAAUAACGAAAAUAUUUGGAACAAAUUACGAAUUAGAUCCAAGUCGUCAGCUCGAUAUAGACACUCAUGUUUCGGAUACAUUGCCGCCUGUUACCGCUACGAAUUACGCGUGGGCCCUAGCGGACGAGCAAUGUACACCACUCCGCUCGGCACCGCGCCCUGUCAGGACAUUACCCUUGUCUCACGCCUCCACUGUAGACAGCUUAGAACUAUUCGCAGCCAUCCGAGGAAACUGUGCCUUAGUACCAUCAUACUCUGAAGCGAUGCGUAUAGACGCAGCUCUGAGGGAGGGUAUUAAUGAAAAUGCAAAUAGCGUACUAGUUGAUAUUGAAAAUGAAACGCGACCGAACCGGCCAACUGUCAAGGCCUUGUCGUUUGAUGAGCCGCCGAGGAGACCGCGGGCUGGUAUAGCCAGCACGCAUUCCAGUUACAACAUCAGCUCGAACACACGCACUGAUGAAGCGAAACAGCAGAACAGACGUUCAUGGGCUGGUGUUUUAACAACAGCUCGCAGUGCUCGACAAAUCAUUGAAGACUUUAGAUCAUCGAACCAGUCCAGCUAUCAACAGCUGAAUGAGGCUCGAAGCACCAACGGAGAGCCGACGCUAUAUUACUCAACGGAGUUAUCGCCGACCUGCUCGAGAGACCCUUUCGGUGGUCGAUCGCAAACAACUCCGACGGACGAGCCUCCGUCGUACGAGGAAGCGCUGAAGCUACCGGCUCUGCGAAAGCUGACCAGGUCCAUAACCGGUACCGAUUUAGCUGGCUCCAGGAGAGCGUUCCUGAGGGAUGUUGUCGCAAACAGACGUUCGUGCUUAGAAGGAGUCGGGGUUUUAGCUGAGGCCAAAGUGGUCAGGUUGUCUUGCACUGAAGGCGAAGAAACACAUCUAUAGCGCUUUUUGAAUCGCCUAGCUGACUUAUGGUGCAUAGUUUAGUGUAAAAACGAAAAAUUCAAAAGUGACACAAGCUGAUAUAAUAAUAGUGUUUGUGAUGUAUUUACAAGCUUUGAGUUUGUCGAAGCGUUCGAAAGAGCUUUGCAUUUAAUAUUGUAGCAAGUAAAUGUGUUUGUUUAAGCUGUAUAGAUUAAUGAAAAUACACCAAUAAUAUUAAUUAUAAGGUAAAGUAUCUUCAGUGAGAUUGGUACCAAAAAUAAUAUUCUAAGGGAUAUUCGUUCGGUCUUGUAUUUAUUAAGAAUACAAAGAAUUGUAUAAAAACAAAAGAUGUUCGCAAAAUUUGUGUAUUUAUUGUAGCAGCUUUUAUAAUGAAGGAUUAAUUAAUUAAGGAAAAAUCGUUCGAACGAAACGUGUUGUAGAUAGACGGUCAUAAUUAGAAAAUAACAAUUGGGUCUUUUGUUUAAAAUUAUACCCUGUCGGAAAUGUUAUUAUGAGAACAAAUUUUCUGAAAUUUCAUUUCUAAUUAAAAUAAUAAGACUUCAUAAUUAUAUUUUUGGCAUUGAACAAUCAUUCAUUCAGUCUACAGGACCAUUUCCUCUGUUUGAUUUUCUUCAUUAUUUCAUAAUAAAUACCUCUAAAAAUAAGUAUUUUUUGUUAGAACCACUUCAAAAUCCGUUGUAAAAAAGCAGCAAUGAUUUGAAAUACAUAAGAAGAUUCAUCUACCCGCACGGGUUUACAAUACGUCCUAAACUGAAGUGAUGUUUGCUAUUGUAACCCGAUUCGUUCUUAUAUUACACUUAUUAUUUACUAGCAGCCCGCUAUAUUUGACGUUGUUUUAUUUUUUUAAAUGAAAGCACACCUUUUGCGGCUUAAUUAUAAUAGUUAAACAUAUGCUGUCGCGACAUUUUUUGUAAAUAAUAAUGUGUUCAACAAAGUCGUAGUACAUUAUUUUAUUCUAUAAUGAAUAGUUUUCGCAGGCACGCGAUGUAAAGAAUAUUUUAGGUAAUUUUUUACACCUUGGGUUAUAUUAUUACAGUUUUAGUAAGGAUCCCUAAUUUUUUCAAAAAAGAUUAUGCCUAUGUCACUCGAGAAUAGUGUAGCUUCCAAAAAGUGAAAGAAUUUUUCAAAUCGGUUCAGUACUUUCGGAGCUUAUUCAAUACAAACAAACAAACAAAUCUUUCCUCUUUAUAAUAUUAGUAUAGAUAUUUGCAAAAUACUAUGCAAAAAUUAUAAUUUAAGCUUUAUUUUAAUUCUAUCCACUAAAUGUUAUAAUGUUUCGCUAUAUUAUAUAAAUGAAGGACAGUCUAGUAAUGUUUUUUUUUGUUUUUGUUUAUUGGAUAGAUGCGAGCUUUUGUUUACUUAGUGUUAAGUAGUUAUAGGAGCUCAUACACAUCACAACGUUGAUGCCGUCACCUACUAUUAGACUUACGAUCUAAGUGUCAAUAUUGGAGCUUUUUUUUUUGGGCGGAGGCCGAACCUUAUUAGAAAUUUCCGCGCCUAAGGGGCGAAGUAUGUGGGUUUUGUUGGUUUGCGGAUAAGAUCGCGGUCCCAGGGACCUUACUCAAUAAACCACUCCAUUUGCACUCUCUCACCCGACGCUUGAUCUCCACCCGGGACGAACAGAGUAGGGGAAAUUGUAUAGCUGCCCCUAAGUUUCUAAAAGAAACGUUUGACCCAUCCCAGUACAAAUAGAUAUUAUGGCAUCUACCCGAGCGGACUCUCAAUAUACUCCUUACAAUCAUUAAAUGUCAUUUAAAAAUAAUGAUAUGAAUAGUUCAUAAGUCUAUUUAAGACCGCGUUUGAUCGUUGAGCUUGAGUUCGCGCGGAUGGGUACCACCACCCUGCCGGUUUCGGUAUUGAAGCAGUCAUGCGUUUCGGUUUCAAGGGUGGGGUAGCCGUUGUAACUAUACUGAGACCUUAGAACUCAUAUCUCAAGGUGGGUGGCGGUAUUUACGUUGUAAUCACUUAAAUACCACAGUAAUCGUGAAGUCGUCCACCCAGCUAAGUAAUAAAAUAAAAAACCUACUACAAGUUUGAAGCAAUAAAAAUUCGAAGCAAUAAAAUAAAGACAACUAAUUCGUUUGUUUGUUAACAAAAGCAACAUUUAAAAUACAGUUUCUAUUUUAUUUUCAUUAAGAACUUUGUGAUUAUAAAUUGCUUUGUUUUCGGAAUAAAGAGGUAUCAGUUUUAGAGUUCAUCGUGUUUUUCUUUGCCAUAGUCGACAGUUCAGUUCAGUUGUUGUUUGUGCUGGCAAAAACUCGUCAGACUCCUGCAUAUUUCUGCCGCGAUAUAACUAUGUGUUUAAAGCCUUUUUAUUGCCAAUGUAAACAGACAAGGUUACGGUCCAUCUGAUUAUGUGUGGUUGUUGUCGCGCAUUCCUCGUGAUGUAAUCCGCACGGCAGAGCAAGGCAUGUCAUCAAGCCAUUUCAUGUCACUGAUACAGGAUAAACUCCGUGGGGGAGACGACCAAAGCUUGUCUAACGCUGGCCUUAAUAAUCAUGAUAUCGAAACAGUAGCCCUCAAUGACUGUGAUACCCUAAGCUACUAACUUCAACAGAAGUGCCUUAUUCCAGACCCGUCGAAGGUCAUCGCGAUAUCAAGGCUCAAAACGAGAACCUCACCCUUGGUCUCUAAGGCCUGAGCACAGCUUUAUGGUACACAAGAAGAUCAGCAGCUGACCGACCGUGAUGGAAACCUUACUAAUCAGCUGGCGGUUCACAAGGCACUUUAUGAAACAGCCGAUCCACAAUCCAAUUGAGGUUCCCACUUCAUGUCUCAAGGUGAAUGGUGACAUUCGGGUUGUGAUGUCUAUGGGUCUCGAUAACCAAUUUACAGUCGGCCGAGAGCUGGUUAAUUCAUCCAAGCAAAUACCUUUUAAUAUUGCAAACAAAACAAAAAUGAAAUGACGAAAAUUUUUCCAAUAUUAAAAAAUAAGUCUACUAAUUAAUUAGAUCUCUAUUAUUUUAAUCGUAUCAAAAAUAUAUUUUAAUCUAAUUGAAAUUAUUUUAGAACUAUUUCUUGAAUCUUUCUCGUUACAACUAAAAUGUAUUUUGUUUUAAAAAAUAUUUCUAAAACCCGUCCAAGUUGCUUAUAAUAUAAACUUUUCUCAUUUCAUUACUUAUUAAAGAUUAUCUCCAUGAAAUUGAAAUCCUAGCUUACAAAUAUAUAUUCAUGACUGCUUGUAAAUAAAUUAAAGUUAACUAGAAUGUAAGUGUAAAUAAAAUAAGACGUAAUCAUAAUUGAAGGUUUAUCCGAUUUCGUCGCUUUUUUAUUAUUUUAUUACAGAUUACUAUGAACUACGAUGGUGAGAAUUUUGCAACGCACUGAUAAGCAUACGAAGCUUACACAGUGCAUUUCAGAAAUCAUUUAUAACCUGCGGCUUUGUAAUGAUUAUUUUCCUUGGUAUUAUCAGCACUAAAACGAGGUUUGAAAAGAGUUUGUAUUCAUUGUCAGGUGUUUUGUUGUACGGCAUCUCCGGCAUCGAUUGUUGACAACAGCAAAAAAAACAUUUAUAUUUUGCAGUAAAAAUAAACUAAACUAUUUAACUAGCUAAUAAAUUAUUUUCGACGCUUCGAAAACAAUUUUCGUGGUUACGAAUGACUGAUUUUUUUCCAAAAUUUUCGCAAUCAGCACUUUGUAAACCAUAAACUGAUUAAGGUGUAAACGUUGUCUUCAUGAUGGUUUGCUAUAAUCUUCUAGAAUCUCCAUUUAGAUAGGUAUUCAUAUGGCAGGUGUACAUUAUGUUUAUACAUAAGGGAUAUAGUUUUGAAUGAAGCUAGCCUGCAUAGCACACCCGGACAUAUGCUUAGUCUGGCCAUAAAUACUGUUACAAAGGAAAACAAAAAAAAAUCUAUGGCAAAUAACAUUUAUUACUUUUACAGUGUGUUAGUUUAAUACAUAAAUAUAAAACAAUUUAAAGUAUAAAAAGCUUAUUCGAAGUGGUCUCCAUUGGCUGCAAUACAGUCCUUUAAACGUUGAGGCCAGUUAUCAAUAGAAGCACACACUCUUUCCAUGGGAAAAAUUUUCACUGCCAAUCGUACGGAUUGUUUUAGGGACUCCAAAUUAUCAUGGCGUUUAGAGCAAGCCGUACUCUCUAAAACUGACCAUAAAUCAUAAUCCAGCUGAAAGUGCUAUCAUGGAUAUGCUAAUCAACAUAUUUAAUAAAAAUGAUGUUUAAUUAACCGGAUAAAAGUAUUCCUGUAAUAAUAUUUCUAGUAUUAUACUAUAGCAAAUUUAUUUCUAGAAUACUUGGGUAUCUUUUGUUGAUAUGACCAUCUUUGUAAUUAAAUAACAAAAGUGAUAAAUUUUAAAAUAAAGUGCCAAUAACUAGGAUUAACACUUACAUGUAUCUUUGUGUGUAAGAGUUAAAAUUUCUGCUUAAAUUGAAGCGUAAAGUCUGAACUGAAAUUUCACAGAACUACAAAACAAAGAACAUUGCUAACUCAAUUAAAAAUUCGGAAACUUUGCAGACUAAAAAGUAUGCAAACAAAAAUGGUCUGGUGUAAUUUCGCUUGCUCCUGUAGCUUCUUCAUCUAUCGGUGAACUGAAGAAGCUUGGUAGAAAUAUGUAUCGGGCUAUGAAUAGUUGUAGAAAUUCCCGAAAUAAAAAGAAACCGGUUUUAAAUAUUUCUUUGUGACUUACGAACUAUAUUUCUUUUCCGAACGUCUUCAUCAAGAGACGAUAUAAGACUGAGCACGAGAUCCUAUCACUAUACUAUUUUCUAUUUAUUACUAUCUUACACAAGUCAAAAUUCCAAAUUGACUGACUCCAUAAAUGUGAUGAUCAAUUCAUUUAAUAUUGAAAUGUCACGAUUCGCAUUAAUUGGCCCAAAGUAUUUUUUUAGACCGUUUGCUAUAACCUAUUUUAUGUUACGGGACAUGUACUUAAGAAUGAAGAGAAUACGUUUUAGUUAACUUAUAGUUUUCUUACCUCUAUUGUUAUCAUUUUAUGUUUAAUUAAAUAACUUAAAAUCUAACAGCAAUAAAGGCUUGUUUGUUAAUUAUUUAUUUAUUAUUUACACUUAAAAUUCUUUUCAUUAUUUUCUGAAUUUUCUAUCGCCGUCUGAAAAAUACUGGUUAUAUCACUUGGUAUGUACAAUUUUCAUAGAGAAUUUACGAAUAAGAUUUCACGAAAUUAUUUAUUUGGAAAACUGAAUCCAUUGAUUUUGUGCCAGAGCACGCACGUCAACAGCCUGGCUCAAUUUGUUUAUGCUGUUUAGGUAAAUAUAUUUGUAAGUAAACGGCAUUUGUAGUUCUGUAAAGUUUGUUAUAGACACCACGACUUCGAGUACUUGCUUUUAAUGUGUAGAUAAAAAUAAAUAAUGUAAAAUAAUACCGUUUAAAUGAUGCUGAAAUAUGAAUGUAAAUUUAUGAA